AGGAGGCUCCUGUACCUGCUGUUCCAGGGCCCUCCCUGCCGAGGGGCAUCGGGGUCUGUCCCCAUGUCCUCACCCACGUCCCCCCCAGCUGCCAUGGACGACAUCUUCACGCAGUGCCGGGAGGGCAACGCGGUGGCCGUGCGGCUGUGGCUGGACAACACCGAGAACGACCUCAACCAGGGGGACGACCAUGGGUUCAGCCCCCUGCACUGGGCGUGCCGCGAGGGCCGCUCCAACGUGGUGGACAUGCUCAUCAUGCGCGGGGCCCGCAUCAACGUCAUGAACCGCGGCGACGACACGCCGCUGCACCUGGCCGCCAGCCACGGCCACCGUGACAUCGUGCAGAAGCUGAUGCAGUUCAAGGCAGACAUCAAUGCAGUGAACGAGCACGGGAACACGCCGCUGCACUAUGCCUGCUUCUGGGGACACGAGCAGGUGGCUGAGGACCUGGUGGGCAGCGGGGCCCUGGUCAGCAUUGCUAACAAAUAUGGUGAGACCCCCACAGACAAGGCCAAGACGCCACUGCGAGAGAUCCUGAAAGAGCGUGCUGAGAAGCUGGGCCAGAGCCUCACCAAGAUCCCCUACAAGGACACGUUCUGGAAGGGCACAACCCGCACCCGGCCCAGGAACGGGACCCUGAACAAACUCGCUGGGAUUGACUUCAAACAGCUGAGCCUGAGCCACAAACUGAACGAGAACCACUCGGGAGAGCUGUGGAAGGGGCGCUGGCAGGGCAAUGACAUCGUAAUCAAGAUGCUGAGGAUCCGGGACUGGACGACGCGGAAGAGCCGGGACUUCAACGAGGAGUACCCAAAACUGCGGAUCUUUUCCCACCCCAACGUGCUGCCGGUGCUGGGUGCCUGCCAGGCCCCUCCAGCUCCCCACCCCAUUGUCAUCAGCCACUGGAUGCCCUACGGCUCCCUGUACAACGUCCUGCACGAGGGAACCAAUUUUGUGGUGGACCAGAUGCAGGCGGUGAAGUUCGCCUUCGACAUCGCGCGGGGCAUGGCCUUCCUGCACACGCUGGAGCCCCUCAUCCCGCGGCACCACCUCAACAGCCGCAGCGUCAUGAUCGACGAGGACAUGACGGCACGCAUCAGCAUGGCCGACGUCAAGUUCUCCUUCCAGUGCCCGGGGCGGAUGUACGCCCCGGCCUGGGUGGCUCCCGAAGCCCUGCAGAAGAAGCCAGAGGAGAUCAACCGGCGCUCGGCUGACAUGUGGAGCUUUGCUGUGCUGCUGUGGGAGCUGGUGACACGUGAGGUGCCCUUCGCCGACCUGUCCAACAUGGAGAUCGGCAUGAAGGUAGCACUGGAGGGGCUGCGUCCCACCAUCCCCCCCGGCAUCUCCCCCCACAUCUGCAAACUGAUGAAGAUCUGCAUGAACGAGGACCCGGCCAAGCGCCCCAAGUUCGACAUGAUCGUGCCCAUCCUGGAGAAGAUGCAGGAGAAGUAGAGAGGAGGCGCCUGCCCCCUCCAGUGCUGCCUUGCGCCCCCCGCCACCCCCAAGUGCCUUUAGCCCCAGAUUCAGGGGGAGCAGAGGACACCCCUCACCCUGAGCCAGCCACGGACACACGGUACAGAUGGCACUGCCUGCGCUGGAGCUCUGCAGGCCCCGGCCCCCUGCCCGGGGCAG